AGUUAAGAAAACGUCAGUAUGACUUGGUCUCCUGGGCAGAGCAGAAGCAGUCCGUGAGAAGAUCCCGGCGCGUAUGGAUUACAUGUAAAUCAGAGCUGGCUUCUGUGCAUCUCCGGGGAAAAGUUAUAUGAGACGUGUGUUACUUGGGUAGACAUGGGACAAGCUCCGCAUUACUUCCGCGCCAGUACUGGUUCACUUGGGCUGCAUGGAUUCUGAUUUCAACGGCAGUUUGAGUCUUUGCUGUAAAAAAUGCACGCUCUACAUAGUCAUCUGGAAAAACGCACUGGUCGUAUCACUUCUGUCUACAAUUAAUUGCUUUUCAGACUUUUCAAGUUGUUCAGCGGUGGGUUGCUAUUUAAGCAAACGAAAGGGCGCUCGUGACUUUGGAUUACAGAACACUCCUCUCGGAUGCUUUCUUUUGGCUUUUUACUUUUCGCUUGUCGGUCCAUCAUUAAACAGGCUGUCUAUUUUCCAAGGCUAGACCACGCAGGCUGACACACAGCUGUCACGCAGCCAAACCCGAGGGGCUGGUUCUGUUAUGCUCACUACAGGUUCCUUGAUGUCUCUCGCCGUGGUCACGACUCUCCUGCUGGCGGUCAUGGAGGUGCAGGCCAUCGGCGAGUAUUGUCACGGCUGGCACGACCCGCAGGGCGCGUGGCGUGACGGUUUCCAGUGCCCGGAGCGCUUCGAUGGUCAGGAAGCAAUCAUCUGCUGCGGAAAGUGCGAGCUUCGCUAUUGCUGUGCGAGCAGCGAAGCCCGGCUGGACCAAGGGACCUGCGACGACGACAAGCAAGCCGCAGGGCCGGGCACUGCAAGUAAGGAAGACAAAGACGGCGGCGCAGUGCCCAUCUACGUGCCCUUCCUCAUUGUUGGCUCGGUGUUCGUGGCCUUCGUGCUGGUUGGAUCUGCAGUGGCCGUGUGCUGCUGCCGCUGCCUGCGGCCCAAGCAAGAGCUGUCAUCAGGGGGGCGUGGUGCGGGUGGGGCUGGGGGGCGGCUGCUAGAGACCAUUCCCAUGAUGCCGAGCGGUGGGGCAUCCCGCGGCUCUUCGUCACGCCAGUCCAGCACAGCCGCCAGUUCCAGCUCUUCCUCUGCCCAGUCAGGACCCCGCCAGGCCCCGCCCCUUCAGCCAGCCAUGCCACGAGUGCCCCCUACAGUCUAUGCUGGCGUUCCAGCUGGCUUCUCCCUGGUUAGCUGCCCCCAAGUUCCACCCAUGCAGUUCCUCCAUCCGCAGUUCAUUGGCUAUGCCAUGCAGCACGAGCCCCUGGCUCCAGCCCCUCCCACACCCGCCCCUCCCUUCCUUGACCCUGCCCAGGGGGGCUAUCAACCACUGCACUCACCCUUCCCUCCACCCACCAGUGUGACCAGUGAGCAGAAGUACCCGCCAGUGACUGUGUGAUGGGUGGAGUCAUAAAAGGAUGGGCCUCUGCCCCCCCCCCACUGAAUAUUGUGGGGAGGGGUCACAAUGUGUGUACUUGUGUUUGUGUUAAUGUAUGUGGAACUAGGUGGACAUACCUAUGUUCCACAGCCAUGUAAGAGAAAACUGUUCCACGCUAGAUGCCCUCCUCUGUCCAGAGGCCCAUUCCCACUCCAGGGACUGUACUCCACCUGGGGCCUUGUCACACCUUGGAUACUGUGCUCAGGGGCCCCGUCCCACCCUGGGAACUAUCCUCUGGGGCCCCGUCCCACUCUGGAGACUGUGCUCUGGGGCCCCAUUGCACCCUGGGGACUGUGCUCUGGGGCCCCAUCUCACCCUGGAGACUGUGCUCUGGGGCUCCGUCCCACCCUGGGAACUGUCCUCUGGGGCCCCGUCCCACUCUGGUGACUGUGCUCUGGGGCCCCAUUUCACCCUGGAGACUGUGCUCUGGGGCUCCGUCCCACCCUGGGAACUGUCCUCUGGGGCCCCGUCCCACCUUGGAGGCUGUACUCCUCCAUGGGGCUCCGUUGUACCCUGAUGACUGUCCACUGGGGCCUGCUGCACCACCUUGUGCCCCAUCCUGGACUGAGCCGGAGCAAGCCAUGUAAAUUUGUAUAAAGUUAUUUUUGUACCCAGUACGACAGAGACGUGAGGGUGAAAGAUGAGGUUCAUGGUGUUUAUCUGCCCUUGGAUGUGCUUGCACAUGUAUGUAUGUUAACAUGUGUUCAUGUCUUUGUGUUUAUCAGCUGCAGCUUGAGAUGUACAGUGUGAUAUGUGCAUAGUGCAGUAUGUUCUAAACAGUGUGUAUUGGUAUGGAAAUCUGUGAAGUACAGGAAGCGUGUGGAGUUACAUGUAUGCGGUAUGCUGCAUGUGGAGUUACAUGAGUGUUAUUGAUAGUGUGGAUUUACAUGUAUGUACAUGUAACGCACAUGUAUGCGACACAUGGAGUCACGUGUGCAGUAUCUGGAGGGUGGAGUUACAUGUGCGUGGUACACACCAUCUGGAGUUACAUGUGUCCGGUACAGAGUGUGUGCGAUAUGGAGUGUGUGGAGCUUGCAGAUUUUGUGUAAUGGGUAUUGCAGGUGCUGUAAUAUAAGAGUCGGCUCACUGGAUCCCAGUAGAGCUGUAAAUGGAAUGAAGUGAACAUAGGACGGACUAUGAGAAGCUCCCAAACACAAGAGCAUGGGGGUGACUCACUUUGAAUUUACACCAUCACCUGUGUGUGUGUCUGUCUGUAGAGUGUGUGUGAGCUCUGUGUGUGUGAGGCUGAUCCUUCCUGUGCAUCAGCAGCCUUUUGUAGGACUGCUCAGCUCAUAACGGAGUAUCUCCAGUUUGCCAAGUCCUGCAUGUCCUGGGCUCCUCUCUGCCUGCCUCUGUGUCUGUCAGUUUAUCUGUCGGUGUGUCAGUGUCAGUGGACUGUGUCCUGCUCUCCAAGUUGCUCUAAGAAAAUGUGGGCUUUAGAAACACCUUAUUGAGCAGCUAUCAACAGGCUGGAGCAGACACAGCCUGGCUCAGCAGGGGGGACAGGAAGUGGCGUUGUUCCCCAGAUGCUAAAGGUAUGUGUGUAGCGUAGACAUUAGCGUGCGUGUCAGACACAGACUCUGCAGGCAGGAGACUUCAGGACAAGCAAACUGUAAACUGUACCAGAGACAGAACUGUAUUUAUGCAGUGAUGUGCACACUUGUGUGUGGCCUACGUGCCGACAGCUUUUUAUAAUAAACAUUUAGCGUGGAUGGUGUUAUUGGCUGAA